UUGACAUUACCCUGCGGCUGCCAGAUUGAAUUUGAAUCCCUAAAGGCCUAAACUGCCGUCUAUCCGUCUCCCUCCCCAAGUCCCAAACUCCCAACUCCCAUUCCCAUCCCAACAGUCGCACUCGCACCGCACAGAUCGCUCAGAAGCUCAGUCUUCCUCCCAGACUCCCUCCCUCUGCCAGCGGCCCAGCGCCAUUCAUCACCCUCGAGUGGCCUCGACUCCUCCAGCCUCGACAGUCGACCGGCCCAGCCUCCUCACUCCCUCCCUACUCCUCCUCAGCGCCAUUGAAGAAACUUUGUGAGGAGUUUAAAUGACAACUUUAAGAUGAUUUCGAGAAACACAUUGAAAAAUGAUGUGAUAAAAACAUACAACACCGAGAGGAGCUCUCUUAAAGUCUUGCUGGAGCGUAAUGAGGGUAGAAUUGCAAUAACAACUGACAUGUGGACCGCCUCUACUCAAAAAAAGGGUAUAUGGCUGUGACGUCACAUUUCAUUGAUGAAGAAUGGGUUUUACAUAAUAGAACUCUAAGAUCAUUUGAAGGAAAUCGGUGUUGAACUUGUACCUUAUGACCAUGAGUAAUGAGGGUGAUGCCUUUAUCAGUGUGAAGAAGAAACAUAAGAAACUGAAAAACAGUAAGAUAAAUAGUACAGGAGUAGAAGAUGAUAUACAAAUUGUUGAUGAAGGCCACUCUAAAAAGAAGAGUAAAACCAAGGCUGUGAGUAAUAUUUCAAAUUUAGUUUCUGAUGUAGAGAUUGGUGUGCAUGUGGAUAAAAGUUGUAAAAAAGAAAAGAAAAAGAAGGAUAAAAGUAGAACAGAUGUGUCUGCUCAAGGGAAUGACGAAAAAAUUGAGGGAAAGAUCAAGAAAAGUAAAAUUGGAGAAAUGGGAAGGGCUUCUAAUUUUUUAAAACAUGCUGGUGGUAAUGAGGAGUCUCUGAAUUUGGGGGUUAAUGACUUAGGUUCAAGUAGAAAAAAGAAAAAACAUUCUUCAAAAAAUGAUACCGGGAACUUGGAAGAUAAGGGAAAGUUUGUGACUGAUGUUGAUGUUGAGUUGCUGAAGGGAAAUGAGCUACAUGCUAGAGAAGAUGAGCAUCUGAAGAUGAAGAAGAAGAAGAAGAAGAAGAAGAAGAUAGAACACAAAGAUGGAAAGAGUUCAAAUGAUAAUGCUCGUGAUUCUAGUGGUGGAGAUUACAAUGAUACAUGCAUUAAGAGGAAGAAAAAAUCGGUUGAUUCGAGUAUGAAAGGAGGGGUCAAUGCCAGUGCUUUAGAAACACGAGAUGCUGAUUUUGUUGAACAUCAUAUCAGUGAUGAGAUUAUUAGAAACGCUCCAAAUGUGAAGGACAAGAAGAUAAAAAAGAAAAACAAGGAUGAUUCGUAUGAGCAUAACAGUGAGAAAAGCGGGGAUAGGAGCAGUUCAAAGAAGAAGAAGAAGAAGAAGCACUCCAUUGGGUCUAAUACUGUAGAAGAUUUACAUGCUGCUGCAUUAGAGAAUAAUGAGAACAGUAGAACUGUUGAGCCUUUUGAAAAUUCCAAUAGCAGUAAGAAAUCAAGAAGAGUAAAGUUUUCUGAUACUGUAGAAGUUUUCCCUCUUCCAGACAAUUCUAGCAAAGGGAAGAAGAGGAAACGUGAAGAUGACAUUGAGGAGAAGAAAGUUGCUGAUGAUGGCUUGGUACGAGGCAAGCGAUUCUCGAAAGAAGAAGAUAAGAUGGUCCAAGAUGCUGUAUAUAAGUAUAUUGAUGAUCACAAUCUGGGUGAACAAGGUUUAGAAAUGGUCAUGAAAUGCAAGUCCUACCCAAAAUUGAAAGACUGUUGGAAAGAAAUUGGGCAAGCUUUGCCUCAUAGACCUUAUGUGUCUGUCUAUUGCCGCGCUCAUAUAUUGUUUGAACGAAGUGACACCCGCGAGUGGACCCCAGAAGAGAUUGAGCUUGUCUUGAAAGCUUAUGAAAAACUUGGUUCAAAUUGGAAAAAAAUUAGUCUUGAACUCGGUAAGAAUCGAAUUCAUGUAAAAGAUGCUUGGCGUAGGUAUAAACAUCCCGAUCUGAAAUCGGGAAAGUGGUCUCAAGAAGAAUACCAGAAUCUUUUCAAUCUUGUCAACAUGGAUCUGGCUAUGAAAGCGUAUACUGAAAAGAAAACAAAGUAUGGUAUGUUGCGAGAUAACAUAAGCUGGGGGGCCAUUAGUGAUCGGAUUUCAACACGAAGCAAUGCUCUUUGUUGCAUGAAAUGGUAUAGGCAAUUAAGAUCUCCCAUGGUAGAUGACGGUUUGUGGUCCGAUGUCGAUGAUUAUAGGAUGUUGAUUGCGCUUGCUGAUCUUGAUGCUUUUUGUGAAGAAGAUGUGGACUGGGAUAACCUUCUGGAACAUCGGUCUGGGGAUAUAUGUCGUAGACGAUGGAGUCAAAUGGUACGCCACAUUGGCGAGUUUGGUACCAAACCAUUUAAUGAGCAAGUUGAAAUUCUUUCUCAAAGAUACUGUCCCAAUCUUUUAGAAGCUAGAGAGGCUUAUGAAAACAAAGUUCCUGUUGAUUAAUACAUUUUCAGGUUGCCAAAGAUUAAAAAUUUGGUUGAAUACUGUAA